AUGGGGUCUAAUAUGGUGGAUCGUAUUCCACAAACAAUUGUAUCGGAUGUAUUAGAAAAAGUGGUUAAGCGAGAUGACUCUAAUACUCCAGCAGACCUUAGUUCAAUGCCAGCAUUGUCUUCCGUUUCGCUGCAGCCGAGUUUAGAGAUUACCUCAAUCCCAAAUUUAACUAAUCCGUAUAUUCACAAGCUGAAUCUACCCCUGGGCUUGGUAUUCAUUAUAGUUGGAUGUAUAUUGGGAGCCAUGUUAAUAGCGGUGAUUAUAUUUCGAAUAACCACAUACUUUAUAUACUCAUCAAAAGCACGACGAGAAAAGGAAACUUAUUUUGCAAAUGAUAAUAAUCUGAGUAUCUUUUUUGGUGAUGUACAGUCAAAUACAUAUACAUUCCCAUACUCCAAAUCACUCAAUGCGUCAUCGAUUUCCAUAUCUUCAUCAUCGACAAACUCCCAGGGAAAAUCCCUACAAGGUCAGCUAUUGUCUGAUAAGAAACAAUUUCGUAGAUCAAUGUUUCAAAAUCCAAGUUUGGAUUUGACCAAGUUGGAUAUGAUGUUGGGAGACGGGUCAAAUAUCAACAUUGGUAAUACUACUACUACUACUACUACAAUGUAUAAGCAGCAACAGAACAACAAUUCAUCGCUUUUGUUGAAAUCUUUUGCCGAUGGCUCUUCGCCGCUACCAUUCAAUGAUAGCAAUACUGUUGUAUCAAGUUAUAAUGGAAGUGGUAAGGAUUCAGAAUAUAACCUGGGCUCAAGUGCAGGUAAUAAGAGCACGCAAACUACAUUGAGACCCCCGACUUUAUAUCUUGAAGAUUUGUUAAACAAAAACACCACUGCCGGUGUAGACUAUGAGGUAUAA